AUGUGCUGUGGUCGCCAUGGUAUAAUCCUGGAAUAUGAGCAAUCAGGCUAUCUUAGAACCAAAUCGAUCGAUCUUCUUGAUCUGACACCCGAAACAAACCCGGAUGAGGUGGUGUCAGAAAUCAAACAAUCAGAGCCUCUGAUCACAGAGUCCCGGGCAGAGCAAGUCAAGGAGUUGGUAGUUCGACUCCAACAGAAACGGAAUCAAAAGGAACGCCACAGGUUCUGCUUCUGCAAGGAGCUGAAGGCCCACAUUCUGCCUCUAACGAAUGUUGCCUUUGACAAAUCUGGAGCAAGGUUCAUAACUGGGAGUUAUGACAGGACAUGCAGAGUGUGGGACACUGCCUCUGGCAGAGAGCUGCAUACACUCGAGGGUCACAGAAACGUAGUUUACGCAAUCGCAUUCAACAAUCCCUAUGGAGACAAGAUUGCCACAGGCUCUUUCGAUAAGACCUGCAAACUGUGGUGUGCAGAGACUGGCAAAUGCUUUCAUACUUUCCAUGGACACAGGGCUGAAAUAGUGUGCCUGGCAUUCAACCCUCAGAGCACGCUGGUGGCCACGGGCAGCAUGGAUGCCACUGCAAAGCUAUGGGAUGUGGAAAGUGGGGAGGAGGUGGCCACACUGAGUGGCCACACAGCCGAGGUCCUCUCUUUGUGCUUCAACACCGUCGGCAAUCAUCUUGUCACUGGCUCCUUUGACUACACAGUUGCUAUAUGGGAUGUUGCAUCCAAAAGGCGUGUUCACACUCUGACAGGUCACAUGGGAGAAAUAAGUAAUGUUCAGUUUAACUGGGAUUGCUCACUCAUAGUCUCUGGUUCGAGUGACAAAACCUGUAAGUUGUGGGAGGUUGUCAGUGGGAAGUGUGUGGCCACCCUAGUCGGACACACGGAGGAGGUGUUGGAUGCGAGUUUUGAUUUAAGCGGUCAGCUUAUUGCUACAGCUUCUGCUGAUGGUACAGCAAAAGUAUUCAGUGCAACUACACAUGAGUGUCUGGUGACAAUGAAGGGCCAUGCAGGGGAAAUCUCCAAGAUCUGCUUCAGCCCUCAGGGAAGCAGGGUCCUCACAGCAAGCUUUGACAAGACAGCCCGUCUGUGGGACGUUCAGUCCGGAGAGUGCCUUCAAGUCCUAGAGGGACACACUGACGAGAUCUUCUCCUGUGCCUUCAACUACGAGGGAGACACUAUCAUUACAGGCAGCAAGGAUAACACAUGUCGGAUCUGGUGCUGACCCUUCCUCGAACGAAUCAGACGAUCAGAUCGGCAUAUAGUAAUGAGUACAGCAAUCAAGUUUGGAUUACCAUCCCCAUAACACAUUUGAAAAAAAAAAUAUUAAAAGUUUUUGUUUUUGUUAUGUUAAUCUUAUUUGCUUGCCAAUCUGUGCAAAUAGGAGUUUGGAAAUUCAGUUUUGGCAUCUAUUUUUUAAACAAGUAUGAAUUAACAUUUUUAUACCAAUGCAACAAUUUAUUGCUGAGGUAAAAUUAGCUAUUCCCCUGUCAAUUUAAAGAUUUUAACAAAUGGAUGACCUGCUCUUAACAGUUUCUUAAACUAUUUAAAUACAGCUUACACAAUGCAGAUUUCAAUUAUUGAUGAAACCAUAAUAAAGUUAAGGCAAGAGCGUUGAAGAAAACUACAUCACAGAACAAAGAACCCCUGGAAUUUACAGGUGUACAAAGACUGACUCGACUAAAUCAUCUAGAUAAAUGAUUUUCUCCUAUGUGUUUCUAAAGAAUUAAAUAAUUACUGGUUGUUAUGGUGACAGUAUACACAGUACAUUUAAUGUUCUUUCUGGGAUGUAAAUAUUAGGCACAGUAAUAUUUACAUAACAGACAGCUAGUAAUAACCAGCAGAGAUGGGAAGUAACGAAGUACAAAUACUUCGUUACUGUACUCAAGUAGAUUUUUCUGAUAUUUUUACUUUACUUUACUACUU